CUAAAGUUUCCUUGCAAAAAACCUGCGUAAAGCAGCUCAUUUUCUUCUUCUGCUUGCCAGCUGUUGGUUGGUGAUCUCCAAUCUUUGAAUCUAAUUCUAACACAAAAAUGAGCAGUCCCACUCUCUCUCCAAUAACACCAUCCAACACCAAAAUUGGUUGGAUUGGGAUAGGAGUAAUGGGGUUUGCCAUGGCAUCACGCCUCAUCUCAGCUGGGUACACUCUAACUUUCUACGCGCGUACGGCAUCUAAAGGCGAGCCACUACUCGCUCUUGGUGCCCAGCUUGCCGCCUCUCCAGCCGAUGUAGCCAGAUCUUCGAACAUCGUGUUCACUAUGUUGGGACACCCAGAAGAUGUUCGGCAAAUUGUCUUAGCCAAAGAAACCGGGGUUUUAGCCGGUUUAUCCGCAAAUGGGAUUAUUGUUGAUCAUACUAGUAGCCACCCAGAAUUAGCUAAGGAGAUUUAUAGUGCUGCGCGUGAGAAGAGGUGCUGGGCAGUUGAUGCGCCUGUUUCAGGGGGUGAUGUAGGUGCCAGGGAUGGUAAUUUGACUAUUUUUGCUGGAGGAGAGAUACAAAUUGUUAGUUGGUUGUCGCCAUUGUUGGAAAUUAUGGGUAGUAAAGUGAGUUACAUGGGUGGUGCUGGAAGUGGGCAGAGUUGUAAGAUAGCUAAUCAGAUUGUGGUUGGAGCAAAUUUGCUUGGUUUAAGUGAAGGGUUGGUUUUUGCUGGUGAAGUAGGGCUGGAUAAGAGUCGUUGGAUGGAAGCUGUCCAAGGCGGGGCUGCAGGUUCUAAGGUGAUGGAGUUGUUUGGACAAAGGAUGAUUGACAGGGAUUUUAGGCCAGGUGGGUUUGCUGAAUACAUGGUGAAGGAUAUGGGUAUGGGAGUUGAUUUUGUCGAAAGGCGGAAGGGAGAUGAUGAGAAUAAGGUGGUUGUUAUGCCUGGUGCAUCAAUCACUAAACAGCUCUUCUCUGGAAUGGUUGCUAAUGGUGAUGGAAAACUUGGCACUCAAGGUCUUAUUACUGUCAUAGAGAGGAUCAAUGGCAUUUCAGAUUAAUGAUCCUUCACCUAAGUUUGCAUCAUAAUCAGUUAUGAUGGUUGUGUAGAUGUUGGGCGACUGACCGGAUGAUUGUGCGAGGUUUACAUUGAUGAAGAUAGUAAAGAGCACACUACAAGAUAUCAGGAGUUUAUACAAGUUAAAUGUGAAGGAGUUGGAGAGGAUUUUGAGGUAACCGAAUAUCAUUGAAAAUAUCAACUGACAAAUGCCUAAGGGCUAAGGGUAUGAAUUCUAAUCUUUGUUUCACGUAGAAAUAUGUAAAGAAAGAAUGUCAAGGCAGAAAUCAAGAAAAAGAGAAUGAUAAAGUCACCCUCAGGGUAUGUUUGGAUUGAGAGUAAUACAUUAAGGGGGUAAUAAAAGUCAAACUAAAAAAUAUAAGGUAAUUGAAGGUGAUGAUGAGGGGAUGAAGUGGUGGCAUAGAAAAUAAGGUAGUGUUGGCAAGAAGAAAAUAAAAGAAAAGGGGAACAAAUACCCUCAUUAUGGGGGAAAUAGUUACCCACCUCCCACUAGGAUGAUUAUUACCCUCAUUUGGGGGGUAAUAACUCCCCCAUUCCUCCCUUCUCCUCACAACACCACCACUACCACAACUUCUCAUCACAAUACCACCACACCAUCCUCCUUGCAACCACCUCAAUUCACCUUCAUUGUCCUUUUAUUAUGGUGAUUUGAUAUUUAUUACCCCAUAAUCCAUUACACCCAAUCCAAGCAUGCCCUCAGGGUUAGUAACCUUCCUUAUGCGGAGGUGUGAAGCUAAUAUGGUAAUUCUUUAGAUAUAUCAUGAAGUAUAUUAGAUGGCUUAUUUCCAUCAUACAGUACCAUAUAACUAAGUUUCAUGCAGUAACUAGGAAUGCAAGUAAUGUGGACAACUUGUUAUUCAUUUGCUUCUGUUUAAUUUUACGAGUACUUUGUAUUUGUUUACUAAUGUAUUUCUUAAGUGGUACAAAAUACCUAGCAUCUAUAUAAUAUACUUGAUUGAGUUUGUCUA